CUAACGGGGAAAGUUUAGCUGGGAACUCUACAUAAAAUGAAUGGGCAUGUAGUGGUCAAAGCAGAAAUGUGCGACCCAAGCAGACUAGUUUUACAAAAUGGGAUUGACAACAAGUCUAAAGAAGCUAAAGAAAACGGGGUAAAUGGCUAUCGUGUACACUCAAGUGAACAAGACCUGCAUAGUAAACCCGUUCAUUGCGAGGAAUUCGAAGCUACGCCCCUAUGGAUAGCAGUGCUAACAUAUAUGUCGUAUGCUAUACUUAUUCUUUUUGGAUAUAUGCGAGAUUUAAUGCGCUUCUAUGGCCUGGAAAAAUCGAGGGCUUAUAAAGAACGAGGGAACGAGGUAGGGUCAGCUGCUAAUUUUACACUUUUGUACAAGAUUUAUAUUUCAUUACAUAUAAGCGACUACUCUUAAUAUUAUUUAUUUUUGAAAUAGCAUUCACCUGCCAGUAUAAAAUUUGCAAUAUUGGCCCAAUUUAUAUAGUAAAGACGUAUAAUUUGUCAAGCGCAUCAUUCAUCUGACAGGGAUGACAGAUGAUCAUUUUUUAGGCAAAGUAUAAAGAUAGUUUGUCGAUAAUUUGUGCGUGUAUUAAAACGCAGCAAGACAAACUAUGCAAAUAAUUCGCUUGACCGAAGAUAUAUAUACACUUUAAUACGAUUAUAUAUAUUUUAUAUAGAAAGAUCUAUAUAAAACCUUUAUUGCAUAUUUUAAUUAAAUCUUUUAGUAUUACCAGUAAAUGUACAUUUUUGUUGUAAAUUUCGUUGCUAAUAAGUUAAUAUGUGAUAGUAAAUUUACGAGAGUUUUCUUGUAAUUUUUUAUUGCAAUGCAUAUAAAUGAACUUCUUUAAUUAAUAUUCAAAAAUUUUAAUUGCACAUUAAAAGUUUAACAUGACAAAUAUGUGCAAAAAGGGCAAACUUUUUCUAUUAAGGGCCUAUUUAUGCACCGGUCAGUAUAAUCUGAAGACUGUGGACUGCAGACCGGACUGGGUACAAAAUGCAGACUGAGGAUAAAAUGUAGAACUGGGGGUGAAUUAGGGAUAUUUCACAAAUCCCGCCAAGUCAUAGUCACGUGAUCGUUCUUGUUGAUAAUAUUAAUGUGGAAGCUAGUCACUUUCAUCAGUUUUGGAUGCCAACUGCUUUUGUUGUAGAUCGAGCUUUCAAAAAUGCGUGAAUAUGAGUGGUGUUUUUGAAAACCCACCGAUUGCAUUAGGAUUAGCGUUACGAAUAGGAGCAUGAUUAGGGACUGCUGCCAUCAUAGCCCCCCCCCCAUCCACAAGUGUUGCUUCGCGCAGUGGCGGAAAUUCACUUUUUCUGGUGGGGGGGGGCAAAGCCUCCUAAAUUUUCAACAAAACUUUCAAAUUCCCGACGUACCCCCCCCCAUUUGCACUCGAAAAGACUGUUUUUAGCCCUCUUUUAGGUAAAAAUUUCCGAAAAUUCAUCAAUUUUCCGUGAAGGGGGGGGGGGGUGGACACCCCCCGCCCCACCAAGAUUUCCGCCACUGCCUUCGCACCUUAAAAUUAUCUGUGUUUUUACAUCUUCAACGAGAUAAUGGUGUUCGAGGCAUUUGCCGUAAAUAUCCCUAAUUCACCCCCAGUCUGCAGCGUCGUACAAGUCUGCAUCUUGUACCCGCAGUCUGCAGAUUAUACUGACCGAUUUAUGCACUAGUCAAUUGAAACCCCGGCCCCCGGGACAGGGUGGGUAAAUUAACAUUUUGACAAUGUUAAAUUUUGGUAAUUUCCCCGCUACCGGGGGAAUAUUGACUGUUAAAGCUACUGGGGGAAUAUUGACUGUUAAAGUUAUGGCCCUGCAGCACUUUGCAAAUUUUCAUCAAAUCGUUUAACUAUAAAAUGUUCACAACAUGUGAAGGCAAUUUUUGAUCUUAAACUUUGAUCUGCAUCAAAAGAUACUGAAUAAUCUACGUUUUGACUAUCUUGCAGUCAUCUUUUAAGAAAAACUAUGAGGAAACAAUGAUAAAACGGACAAAAGUUUAUUAAUGCCACAAGGAUAAACUCGUUCCAGUCCACUUUCAUAUCAGCCGCACGUUAAAGUCCCGGCUAUUGUCCCGGCUAAUGAAUUGACUUGAUGAUUUACCUUGAUUUACCUUGUCCCACGGGGGAAAUUGUGCAUUAAACCCGUGUUAAUCCACGGCCAUUCCCCUGUUAAUUCCCCGCCCUGUCCCGGGGGUCGGGGGGCCAGGAUUUCAAUUGACUAGUGCAUUGUAUGGAAGCCUAGUGAGACAUUAUAAAGGCCCCCUAUACUUUUUGCGUGAAGCGUGAUUGGCUUAUUUUACUUAGCCGUGAAACGUGAUCGAUGAUUUUCUUAAUCCGUGAUUCGUGAUGGUAUGACUUCCAAUAUUUUUACGUGCACGUGAAGGAAAAAUUCGAUUUAACCGUGACCCGUGAAUGGCAGAUAGAAAUAUGCGUGAUUCGUGAAUCAUCUGUUUUGUGACCUUUUGUGUGAUCAGCUUUGAACUUUCCAAGGAAUAAAUACGGUUUGUUGCUGUUUUUUGAAGUACUUGAUGUACAGAAGCCUGUUUUCGACAUAGUUGGAGGUUUGAAAGCAUGUCGAGGUAAGUACAGAUGAGUACAAUGAUUCUACAAUUGAGGAGGACAUCCAUAUAAUAAUUCGUGAAUUUUGUUUUAUUUUUACGUGAAUCGUGAUCGCUUCGAUUUUUCCGUGAACGUGAAAAAAUGUUUUCAAUUUUUCGUGACUCGUGAAAAGGCAAAAUAUUUUUACGUGAAAGCAUAUUGUGAAUAAGUAUAGGGGGCCCUCAUUAUAUGGAAGCUUAGUGAGACAGCCCGGUAAGCAGGAUGAAUAUCUCUUGUGUUUAUAUGAGAAAAUUUCAUCCUGCUUGCCAGGACAAUUUUGUUGUUUGUGAGAGUUUAUAUGGAGAAAUUUCCAUCCUGGUAAGCAAGAUCUCGCCUCUUUCAAGCGAGAUGCACAAUAAUUUUUAUUAUAAAAAUAACUACACAGCGAGAUCUUGCUUACUGGGCUGUCUCGCUUAGCGGGCCUUCCCUGGGCUUCCAUAUAAACAGGCCCUAAUACAGAGUAAAAUAAUGAAGAAGGUAGCCUGAAUUUCAGAUGUUCAUCAUCUCCAAGAAUGAUUGACAGGCAUUCCCUGUUAAUGGGUAAUGUGGGCAGAUAAUCUGGUUAAUGGUAAUGCCCAACACUUUGCCCUUGACAAACAAAAUUAUCUUCCAUUAGAAAGAGUAAAAUAACAAAGUAGGCCGGCCAUUUGGUAGCCUGCUCACAGACGUUGUAGUUCUUAUGCCAAGCGACGAAAUAUUUCGUCGCUUGGCGUAAGAACUACAACGUCUGUGAGCAGGCUAGCCAUUUGGCAACAUCGAGGCUGAGUUAAUGUACAAAAUUUUUCUCUUGACAAGUUGAAAUUGUUGGGUGUAAAACAGAGUAUAAUUAACCAUCCAUUAAUUUGCCAGAUGAUUGUACUCACCAGGGGGAAAGUGCUGGUGGUGCUAAAUAGGUCAACCCAGCACUCUUCCAUGGAUGAGUAAAUUUGUUUGAAUGAGUUAAAACAUACUUAUAGACUUAUUGGAUCUUCUGUUAAAAUAACUGCUAUACAAUUAACUUACUAAAAAGGCUCCUAAAGUCAUAACUGCUUUUGUGUCUAGGGUUUUGUUCCAUUAUAUGCAAGCUUUGAGAGUUUUUACACUCGUAAUCUAUAUCGACGUUCAAUGGACUGUUUCAACCGGCCAAUAUGUAGUCUCCCUGGGGCAGAAAUUGACCUAAUGGAAAGACUUAGUGAUGAUAAUAACUGGACAUACAGGUUUAGUAGUCUUUGAUUGUUUAAUGUCUGUUUGAUAAAGUUAAACCCUAUUAUAGAAAUAUUGAAGAUGUUUAUAUUAUGCCCCUCCUCCCAUACAAGUCCCCUUUGUUUGAGAAAGAAACAUAUAUUAGGUCCCCCUGCCCCCUCCUACUGUCUUUUCAGCCCCUCCGUCUCUUUUAAGUCCCAACUGCCCCUUCACAACGAAGUCAAACUCAUGUUAUUGAUUACAUUUAUUAAAUUUGAAUUUUUUUUUCAUGGUUUUGGCGUUUUUUUGCUGGGCGAUUUGCAGUAGAGUCCCGACAUCAAUAUUAACUAGAGAUGCGUAUUUGCUAUGGACGAAUUUAGUUCACUAAUUAGUGUGACAACAGAUGCCAUUUUGGCACGCUGCACUAGCAACCCGCAACCACCUGGAGAAAAUAGGGUCGCACAGUCAAUCGCGUUGAAAAAAUAAUAGGGUCGGCAGAAAAAAAUAGGGUCGGUCGGGAACCGGAACCACAGGUAUUUUUUUUUACGCCUGACAAUAUAUUCCUGAACUGACAAGCUACCCUCUCUAUUAAGCCCCCCUCCUCUGUCAAAUAAGCCCCCCUUGGGAUUAAGCUUCUAUUAUAACUUAGUCACCCUUGUGGAGAGUAAGGAGUAUACAUAUGUUGUUCAUCUGAUCUUCAAAACAAGUAAUGCAUGUUGCCACUUGAAAACAUUGCUAUGUUGCUUUUUGAAUUUUUUUAUUGUGACUUUGUUUUCUUCCUGUCCAAUGAUGCUAUUUCAUUUUCUAUAUGUUACCAUUUCAAACCAAUGUCACCUGUCAGAAUUUACCAUAACAGCCACAAGGCCUCACUAAGGCUAUCUUCUGUAGCGCUGCCAGCACAUUUGAGAGAGGGAAAUUUGUUCAGGUCCCCCCUUUCUCUAUUAUAGCCAUGACCCCCCAUUUUGAUAGGAAAAAGGUAAUUAAUGACCCUUGACUAUAUUAAUUAGCCCCCCUGAAGCUCUCCCCCUUUUUGAUAGGCUUCCUUGACUAUAUUAAACCCUCCCAACUAAGCCCCCUCUCCAAUAUAAUUGGCCCAGCCCUCAAGGCAGUGGUGGACAUUUCGUGAAAUAUUGGGGAGGAGGGAAAUUAGGUUGGCAAAAUAUUAUGACUACCUUUUGUAUCCAGAAAUCUUAGUUCUUUAAACCAUUUUCCCUUAAAUUUCAUACAAUAACUACCUUGGUUUUGUUGCAAACACUAACUAAUUAUCAUUAUAGAGUCAUGCACCCGCAGUAUUUAAGGACUUUCAUUUGUCUUCAUAUAAAUGUAACAAUUACUUUCCAACAGGCUAACAGGUAAAAGUUCUAAGGCUUUAAACCUUGGUUCAUAUAACUAUCUUGGCUUUUCUGCAAACUCUGGUCCCUGUACAGAUGCUUCGGAACAUGCAAUAAGAGAACACGCCCUGGCAACCUGCAGUACAAGACAGGAAUAUGGUAAGCCACAUUUUAGUAUGGUUCCACAUGGUAUUUUUAAAUCAAAAUGCAAUCUUUAUUUUUAACCAAGUAUCACGUAGGUACUCGGAACUCUUGCUGACGUACCGGAAUGCGCAUUAUAUAAUAACUACAGUGAAACACGCAAUUUGAUUGGUCAAUAGCCGUGCAGGAUCAGGCUAUCCUGCGCGAGGAAUUAAAAUGCCUUCGUGGGAUUUUCGCGGGAUUCUCAAAAUGUCAUUGUUCCAGUUACGCGUUUUUCAUACGUGCGUACACGCACGCACGUGAAAGUUGAAUUCGCUUUACAUCCUACUUAUGAAAUAACUAAAUUUAUAAAAAGACAGCAUUCAGUUUUGUGUAUGAUUUAAUGUGUAUUUGUUAAGGUUAUUUGCACUUAUAUGAAAUAUUAAGCGAAUUCAACUUUUACGUGCGUGUACGCACGUAUGAAAAACGCGUAACUGGAAUGCAAAAAACACACAACAGUUAAAAAGAAAAUAAUGAAAUUCAUAGUAGUAAAAUUGCAAAAUUUGGUUGCGAAAUGUUGUAAAAUGCAGAAAGUAUAGCCUUGCGAAGUUUGCAUAUUUUCAGUAUAUUUGUAUUACGUGCGGAAAUUGUUACCAUUUUCGGCUCAAAAAUGGUAACAAUUUCCGCACGUAAUACAAACAUACUGAAAAUAUGCGAACUUUGCAAGGCUAUAUUUUCUGUAUUUUACAACAUUUCGCAACCAAAUUUUGCAGUUUUACUGAUUUUAAUAAGUUCUUUUCGGGAAUUUACUUUUUUUGCCUAAAUAAAAAAUUAGUCUAACAUGCAAGUUGUCUAUUAUACCAAAUGGUUUUCCAAGCAGGAUAGCGUGAUCCAUGCACUUGGGAUGUUGCUCGAACUUGGGAAAGCAUAAAAAUACACUCGCCUGCGGCUCGAGUAUUUUUACGCUUUCCGAAAGUCUCGCGACAUCCCUCGUGCAUGGAUCACGCAAUCCUGCACGAAAAACCAUUCGGUAUUCCUUUAUUAAUGAUUCAAGCCCCAUUGAGGUCCUCCAGUUGCCCCCCCCCCUGUCAAAUGUCAUAAGAGUUGCCAGUCACGCAUUGUUACGGGGGACAUUUCAAGCUCUAGAUUAACAAAAUAAAGGUUUGAUGAGUGUUCCAAUUUCAACUUAUUAAAUAGAAUACAUGAUAGGGUUGGGAAAGCAUUAAGGCAAAAAAAAAUGUGGUUUUCCGGUUUCCCGACCCUACCUAGCUUUUGGACGUCGAAAUCCCGACCCUAAACUUUUUUAUUGGAUCAUGCUUGUAAGUGUUUCCACUUAGAGGAAAAAGUUUGUAGAAAAUUGAAAUUUGAGGCAAUAUUAGGGAAAUUUAUCUCUGGAUGUGGAAGCACUGACUAAACAAAAUGGCGUCCGCUCGUUCGGAAAAUUAAAAAAAAAAGUUUAAGAAAAAAAGUUAAAACCGACCUACCCUACCUAAGUUUAAAGUUUUUAUAAGAAGAAACCGGAAACCCACCCCUUUUUUUUUUCCUAAUUAAGAACAGCAAACCAAGGUCACGUGACUGCCAACUCUCGUGUACUCGCAUUCUCUUUUGAGAGGUACAAAAUCAAGAUUAAAAAUCACACCAAUGAUAGGUACUGACGUUUAAGACACUUGAUGCUGAUCAGACCGACGAUCGAAUUCUGGCAACAUGCCAUCUACACAAGCCGGGCGUUAACCUGAACUCCUCAAGCCAGCAAAUCCUAUUUCUUAACGCAAGGCGAAAAUUUGUAAAAUAAAUGCUACAUUCCGGAAAGUAGGUCAUUUUGGCUAUAGAGCCUCGUUUCAAAGACUAGCGUCUCAAUCACGAAAUUACGAAAACGAGGCUCUAUAACCAACUAUACCCGUAAAAAUCUCAGAUGUUGUUGUAGCAAGUCUGCCAACAAGCCGUCAACAAGUUGUGUUCGCACUGCUUGUCCCAAGUUGUCAACAAGUUUGGAACAAGCUGUUUAACAAUUUGUAACAACCUUGUUGAUGCUAUCGCGCUUGUUACAAGGUUGUUCCAACACGUCCGAUACAGUCAUGAUAUAGCAGCAGUAUUGUUACAACCUUGUGUCGUCAACCUUGUAACAUUCUUGUUUAUCAUAACUGUAUCAGACUUGUAGAACAACCUUGUGACAAGUCUGAUAAUGCCAUCAGGCUUGUUACAAGUUGUUAACAGCUUGUUCCAAACUUGUUACAACAACUGGAACAAGCAUUGUGAAGACAACUUGUCGACAGCUUGUGAGCAGGUUUGUAACAACUUGUUUGCAGACUUGCAACAACUUGUGCGUUUUUACAUGUGUAAACCAAGUUGACGUGCCGUUAGUAAGCCUGUAUUGAGAUACUUGCUCAGGGCAUUGUACUUUCGGUUUUUAUACCAUGCACGAUUUAGGGUGGCUUUAUUAUGGCACUCAGUUGUAACACUGUUACAAGUGUUACACAGUCUUAAACAAUGCUACAUAUUCUUACAUAGUGUUACACAGUGUUACAUAGUGUCACACUUUGUUACAUAGUGUUACAUAGUGCUACAGAGUGCUGAAAGUGUUACAUAGUGUUACAUAAUGUUACGUAGUGUUACAUAGUGUUACACACACUAACCCUACCCCUAACCCCAUCCCUAACCCUUACCCCACCGUGUUACAUAGUGUUACAUAGUGUUACCCACACUAACCCUACCCCUAACCCCACCCCUAACCCCACCGUGUUACAUAGUGUCAUAUAGUGUUACAAAUACUAACCCUAACCCUAAAUAAAGAUAGUGUAACACUUGUAACACUGUUACCCGAGUAUAUACCCGAUAAUACACCCUAAAUCAUGCAUCAUAUGUCGGUUUUCCUUAGGUACACUUGACAUUCAUGUCGAACUCGAGAGGCUUGUAGCAAGAUUUAUAGGUAAGGAGGCAGCCAUGGUGUUUGGUAUGGGCUUUGCUACAAACUCAACAAACCUUCCAACUUUGGUGGAUAGAAAAUGUCUAAUUGUCAGUGAUGAACUGAAUCAUUCCUCGCUUAUAUUGGGUGCAAGAUUGUCCGGAGCGAAGAUCAAAAUAUUUAGACACAACGGUAGGUUUCUUGUUUCGAACCUGGAGUGCACACAAUGGAAAUUGUGAUCUCCUCUGCAGAAGCUUUUUAAAGGUUAUUGAAUGCGUCAUUGCGUUUGCGUCAUUCGAGAAAAUCAAUUUUGUGGAGAAAACUACACAUUCAAAUCAUGGAGUAAGAACCAAAAACCUAGAAGUCCAGUUUGAGCAAUUUUAAAAUUUUCUAUUCUAAUAUACGUCGUUUCCACGCCAUCAGAAUUUCACAAUUUUCUGGGGGAGCAUGCCCCCCAUAGGUUUUACGGGUCUCGUGCCUUUGACAUUCAAUACUUGUGCCUUCGCAUCAUCGUCCCCAGGGCCACUGGACUGGACGAGGAUGGUGUCUUCGACGCUACUCUGCGGACCCUCAUAAACGUCUCUAGUUUUCCCAGCAUCUUUACGUUCGUUUCUGAUCACACCCUUUUUGUCGGGCUCCACCCAAAUUAUGCCCUUGCUCUUAUUAUUCUGCUUCCACCCUCCAUAAAGAGCUUGUCUUAGUCAAUGAAAAAAACAAUAACAAAAACCCUCUGCGGAGAAGAGUGUGCUUUAGUAACAAAACCGAGGAACAUAUUUGAGGCAUACGUUACAGGACAACCUUAAAGGCCCGUUUACACUUGCAAUUUAUGCUGCGAUUUCUAGUGCGAUUUUCGUCUUCUGAUGUAUGUGAACAAGUAAAUGAGUUAUGAAUGUUCUGAGUAUAUGUCUCACUGAUGUACCUCAUCUCAACAUUCAUAACUCAUCCACUCGUUCACAUCCAUUAGAAGAAGAAAAUCGCACCUAAAAUCGCAGCAGAAAUUGCAAGUGUACAGUAAACGUGGGAUACUAGGCAUACUUCACAGGACAGCUUUUAGGAAUCAUAGAGCAUCCAUUGUCUGUAGCACGUGCGAUGUUUGGUGGAGUCACAUAGACUGUGACAAAAUUUAAAGAACAAACAACUGUAUAAAGACGCAUGGGAUAACCAGUGUGCCAUACUCCACCUGCAUGUGGAAUAUUAUCUCAAUAAAUUCUCAAAAAAAUUCUUUUAAAUGAAUGAUUUGUUCUGUUUUGAAAUUUUUCAAGAUAUGGCGCAUCUAGAGCAAAUAUUAAGGUCUGCUGUGGUCCAAGGACAACCACGAACACACAAAGCUUGGAAAAAGAUUCUCAUCAUAGUUGAAGGAGUCUACAGGUAAACGACUGUAAUAUGGCAGAUACUUAAAAUAAGUUAUAACUAAAUUUUGACAGUUGUCAUGUCAUUCAUUACUUGGAACAAUAAUAAGACACUUUUAGCGAAGUAGGCUGUAAUGCAUAAUUUGCGUUUCAUUUUUGCAAAGGCAGACUAAAUUACGCUUCCACAAAAACUGAGAACUUUGUGAUAAAGCCAAGCUUUCAUGGUUGCGACUUGUUGUUGCUGAGGUCUUUCACAUUACACCACAUAUUUUGAACCCACCAUUGACGUUCAAUCGUUCAUAGUCAUCUGUGACGUUAGACAUCCAGGUGAUCUCGUGUUCGUAUUUUAGCCAAUCAGCGCUCAGAAAGGGUUGUCCGAAUAGAAAUCCAUUUUGAUGUAUUCAGUCAAUUAUAUCUUUCAUUAUUCUUUAUGAAACUAGUUGAAAUUUUGUAAUUAUGUUUGGUUAUGAGAACUAUAGCUCUGACAAAAAUAUGGAAUCGAAAUAAAGUAUAUUACAGGAGAUAUUCAGUUGUUUUAAUCAUAAAAUGGAUUUCUAUUUGACAACUAGUGCCAGUACUUUUCCGCGUAUCAAGAUCACCUGGAUGUAGAGUAAAAUAAUAGAAUAUGGCGCAUGAUUAGAGCGCAUUGCCUCUUAAUGCGUUAAAAAGAGACACAGGCAGAUAGUGUUGUUAACCCAUUAACAUCCAAGAAUUUGCCCUUGAUGAGAUCAUAGCCUGUCGAAGGGAAGAUGGCUGUGAAACUCAUUAGAAUAACAACAUAACUCAUUAUCUAUGUUAGUCAACGUUUAUUCAUAAAUCUGGUCCUUCACCGUCACGUGUGUAUUGUAUUUUUGCCAAAUCCACCAAUUGCGUUUCCAAUUUCACCAUUGUUCGAGCCACGGAUAGGUAACUUUCCUAAAAAAUUGCUAUUGGCUAGUUGGGCAAAAAUACAAUACACACGUGACGGUGAAGGACGAAUAAACGUUAUGAAUAACAUAAAUAAAUAAAUCAUGAAUAAACGUUAACUAACAUAGACAAUGAGUUAUAUUGUUAUUCUAAUAAAAAACUUUUUUCCAUUUCUAGCAUGGAAGGCUCAAUAGUCAAACUUCCUGAAGUAAUAGCUUUAAAAAAGAAAUACAAAGCAUACAUAUAUCUUGAUGAAGCUCACAGUAUUGGUGCAAUGGGUCCCAAUGGUAGAGGCGUGGCUGAUUAUUAUGGCGUCGACAGAAAUGACAUUGAUAUCAUGAUGGGAACAUUUACGAAGAGUUUUGGAUCUGUCGGCGGAUACAUUGCAGCGUCCAAGGUAACUAGAGAAGAUGUGAGAGAAAGUUAAUGUUAAUCAAUGCUAAACUAGACUAAUUUUAGUUCUGCUUCAAUGUGCUAUCAGUUCAAAAACUGUUCUCCCCCUAAAGGGCCAGUAAGUGCCGUUCCUUGCAAUUGAUCUAGUGUUACUAGAGGAGGAAACCUAAACUGAACUAAUUUUAUUGAUGCUGGAUAAUAGCUCUAUCAGUUCUAAACUGUUUUCAUGACUCAAACUGAGGUCCAGUAAAAACCAUUCUGAUUGGUCCAGUUUCACUGCAUGAGAAAACAGAGAACACUGAGAGACUACGGUUCUUUUAAUCUUCUCACAUUCGAUGGAAUAUAUUAUCAGAGAACGUACAUUGCAGGAAUCAAACCUCAUCCACAGAGGUGAAAGGGUCAUGAACUGAGUCCACCUAACUCAAAGUUGGCAUCAUCCUGAAGAUGACUACAUUCUGGCAGGGGUGGAUUUAUAGGGGGGUGCACAGGGGUGCGCACCCCUGUUGGCCUUGGUCAACAGGGGUGCAAGGGGGUGCAAAAAAUCAAAUUCAGAAACAUGGCACAAUUUCCAAGGUUUUUCCUUUUUUGAAGUCAAACUGAAGCUCACAAUUCAAUGCCCAUAUCGCAGAAAAUGGCAUUUCUAGGGUUCUAAUUUUCAAAAUUUUCUGGGGGCAUACCCUUGGACCCCCUGAGCUCACGCCUUCGGCGCUUGAGUGGUUAGGAAGCCAAUUCAUUUGAAUAUUCUCCCACCACCCCCUAAAGAAUUAUAAAGAAACACUUGGCUGCUCGCCCAGCACCCCCCUAGAAAAACCUUGCUGGAUCCACCCCUGCUUUCUGGUCGAAACGUGUUAAAUUUUUUGAAAACGUUUAUUAUUUUUGGCGUUACUAGGCUAGGUACGUAAUAUAGAUAAGUGUAAUUCUUGGUGUUAUUGUAGAUGUGUGAAUAUUUUUUAAAUUAGGAAAUAAUCGACCACAUUCGCUGGUCAUCACACAGUGCUGCUUACGCUAGUUCAAUGUCUGCACCAUGUGCUCAACAAAUAAUUUCUUGUAUGAAGAUCAUUAUGGGCGAAGAUGGCACAGAUGAGGGUAAGUGCUGGUCAUUGUGUUUAUUUUAAUUUUAUUGAGUUUCUCACUCAUUGGUGAGCAGAUUUCCCAACAGCAUAUUGCACUAUUGAUAGGGGAUCCUACGAUUUAACGUCCUUAUCAGAGGCGCCGGAAGCAAUGUGAAGCGGCGGGGGCAGCCAUUGCAAAAGGGCACUUGCUUCUCAGCCGUCAUUUUUCUGGGCGGCAAUAUUUGUUAAAACUUUAGU